AUGGUCAUUGGCCACUUGUUGACCAUGCCGUUGGUCGUCAUCAAUAUGGGAGGUGAAAUGAUAUAUAUUCUGAAUCAGCGUCUGGAGGCUCAGAACAUCUCUUCAGCUAAGAAGCACCGGGUCUUGAAUGAUGUGAUACGAUCUAUGUUCGAGAAAUCCUUCAUAAAGGAGAUGUUCGUCCCUCAGCAGAUGUAUUCGAUGCGAUCACUGCGACAACUACUGGAACGGCUAGUGCACAGUUCUAUAAUGAGGUUGAACACACUAAGCAUGGAUAAGCUCUUCGACUUAGUGUCUAUGGGAUUAAAACUGCAAGUCAUAAUUU